CUACUGAAGAAGCAAAUGAGAAAUCAUACAGAAGUAAGAGCGUUUAUCCUCCUGGGAUUGUCAGAUGAUCCCAGGCUCCGGGUGGUAAUAUUCAUCUUUCUCUUCCUCACCUACAUGCUCAGCAUCACUGGGAACCUGACCAUCAUCACCCUUACCCUGCUGGAUUCCAGUCUUCAGACUCCAAUGUAUUUCUUCCUCAGGAAUUUCUCCCUAUUAGAAGUUUCAUUCACAACCGUCAGUAUACCCAAGUUCCUAAGUACCAUUAUUUCAGGAGAUAAAACCAUUUCUUUUAACAACUGUAUAGCUCAGUUAUUUUUUUUCAUUCUCUUGGGAGUCACUGAAUUUUACCUUCUGGCUGCCAUGUCCUAUGAUCGCUACAUUGCCAUCUGCAAACCUCUGCACUACAUGACCAUCAUGAAUCGCAAAGUCUGCACAAUGCUUGUCUUUGCUUCCUGGCUGGUCUCAUUCUUAAUUAUCUUCCCUGCUCUCAUGUUGCUACUACAGCUUGAUUACUGUAGGUCCAAUAUCAUUGACCAUUUUACCUGUGAUUACUUCCCCCUCCUCCAACUUUCUUGUUCAAACACUAAAUUCCUUGAGAUAAUGGGGUUUUCCUGUGCUGUGUUUACUCUGAUGUUCACCUUGGCACUAAUAUUUCUGUCCUACAUAUAUAUCAUCAGAACGAUUUUGAAGAUUCCUUCUGCUACUCAGAGGACAAAGGCCUUUUCUACGUGUUCUUCCCACAUGAUUGUCAUCUCCAUCUCUUAUGGCAGCUGCAUUUUUAUGUACAUUAAACCUUCAGCAAGAGAGAGAGUGUCUCUGAGCAAGGGAGUGGCUGUGCUAAACACCUCAGUGGCUCCUAUGCUCAAUCCCUUUAUUUACAGCCUGAGGAAUCAGCAGGUCAAGCAAGCCUUCAUGAACAUGGCAAGGAAGAUUGUGUUUUUUACAAGUACACGGAAAGACGUGGUGUCUUGAGGUAAA